AUGGAAUCAUUCUUUGUUCAUGAGAAUCUGCUCCGGUCCUCUUUGCCACACCUCCUUCCAGCCCGGAGCAACAGAACAGUCCAUCUCCAGCAUGAUAGUCCCGAAGUCUUCGCUAUUUACCUCCACUGGCUCUAUUACGGCACCCUCCCAACCAAGGACACAGCGGCGAUUGAUCCCGAUCCUACUCCUGAGUACCUGGAUCUGGCCACCGCUUGCGCUUUUGGAGCCAAGUUCGAGUGUUUCGAAUUUCACAAUGCUGCUAUGGAUGCCUUGGUCACGAUGAUGAACAAAAACAACAUUGAUAAUAUACGUUCCCCGGAUAUCCUUGUUAAAUACGCUUAUAGUCGUCCGGCGUCCGGUAAGGCCCUACACCGGGUGCUUGUGGAUAUGUAUCUGUGCCAUGCGACAGCCGAUUUGCUUGACCGGGGCAAUUGGGAACACGGUCAUAAUAUCCAAGAUUUUUUACUCGAUAUUGCCAGAGGGUCGCUGGGCCGUGAUCUCUCCAAGUGCGAGCCCCUUGACCCAUCGAACUACCAUAUUUAA